AUGGCUUCCCGGGACUCCAUCAGCGAAGCCGAACUCGACGAGAUCCAUGCUUUUGCCGUGCAGCUGGCUAAAGAUGCUGGUCGAAUGCUACUCGAAGCUGUUGACGCUCGCUCAGGCAAGACCGGCCAAGCAGGCCAUGUAGAGAAAGAAUCAGCGGUGGACCUGGUAACACAAACGGAUGAAGAUGUCGAGGCUUUCAUUCGCAACAGUGUACUUGCAAAGUAUCCUUCACAUUCAUUUUGUGGCGAGGAGUCGUAUGGCAAAGGGAGUUCAAAGGAGUACCUCAUCCCCAGUGUCGGCCCAUCCUGGUGUGUCGACCCGCUGGAUGGCACUGUGAACUUCAUCCACCUUUGCCCAUUCUACUGUGUCUCAAUAGCCUUCCUGUGGAAUGGAGAGCCCGUUGUUGGCGCGAUCAACGCCCCAUUCCUCCAUCAACUAUUUACUGCAUGUCGUGGGAAAGGAGCUUUCCUUAAUGAGUCCACACGGCUUCCUCUCGACCGAAAUCCUAUACCGCCUCUCCCAGAAUCUGCUCCAAAAGGGUGUGUGUUCUCUUGCGAAUGGGGCAAAGACCGGAGAGACAUGCCAGAUGGAAAUCUUCAUAGAAAGGUCAAUACCUUCAUGAACAUGGCUGCAGAACUCGGCAGUCGAGGCGGCAAAGGCGGCAUGGUUCAUGGCGUUCGGAGUCUUGGCUCUGCCACGCUAGACCUUGCUUAUGUCGCCAUGGGGUCUUUUGACAUUUGGUGGGAAGGAGGCUGUUGGGAAUGGGACGUCGCUGCUGGAAUAUGCCUGUUGAAGGAAGCCGGUGGUCUGGUCACCACAGCUAAUCCACCUACCGACAGUACCGAUACUCAUGUUCCAGACACCCAUCUUGGAAGCCGUCUAUACCUUGCCAUCCGUCCCGCUGGAGACUCUGCCACCGAAACUGGGCGUCAAACGCAAGAACGUACAGCACGAGAGGUGUGGCGUCGGGUACAAACAUUGGACUACUCUCGUCCAGGGAUUUGA